AUGCUGAGUAAGUCUUAUAUCGCCCUGGCCCUGGGGUCUGCAGACAAAGAACUUCCUCGAGAAGGACCUCACCUGGAAUUCAUGCUCUGUGGAAUCAAAUUUAUUCUUACGAAAACAUUGAGGCAAUUCCUGCUGAUUGAGAGCGACGUUGUUCGAGAGUUACCGGAGGGAGUGUUCGGAAAUGUCACUUUCGAGGCGUUAAUCAUCUUCCAAGUGGCCGCCGUGCAUCCUUCGGCCCUCCUUCCCUCCAAAGAUCGGCUCUACCACGUGCAGAUAUAUUUCAGUGGCUUGGCAGAAUUCCCAUGGGAGGUGCUGCCUGAGCUCACCCAUCUCUACUAUAUGGACCUCAAAAAUAAUUAUUUGACCGAUCUGCCGCCUGUUCUAAGCCCAAACCUCACCACGCUCGAUCUCGGCGGCAAUCAAAUAACCAGAGUUGAAUAUAAUUGGUCUGCGCCAAACCUGACGGUUCUCUCCAUCGGAUUCACAGUCAACGCGAGCAUACGUCUAUCGGGGAAUCAAAUCAGCGAACUAACUGAAGCAUCAAUCCGCCCGAUGCUGGAGGUCUUCUCCUCGGGGGAUGGGUACAUCGAUCUAGCCGUCGUCACCUGUCGCUGCUGUGGAGACAUUGACAGCGUCGUCCGUGGGUCACGCCCUCAACGACCGGUCGGAGAUGGGGAGGAGAUGCUGGAUGCCUAG